AUGUGCCGCUGGCCGCUGCUCCUGCUGUGCGCGCUGCUCCCGCGGGCGGCGGCGGGGGGCGCGGGCCGACCCUACCCGCACCGCAGCCUCCUGGACUCGGAGGGCAGGUACUGGCUGAGCUGGGGCCAGCGGGGCAGCCGGCUCGCCUUUCGCCUCGAGGUGCGCACCACUGGCUACGUGGGCUUGGGCUUCUCACCCACCGGGGGCAUGGCCUCGGCCGACAUCGUCGUGGGUGGAGUAGCCCAUGGGCGACCCUACUUGCAGGAUUAUUUUACAGAUGCAAAGAGAGAAUUGAAAAAAGAUGUUCAGCAAGAUUACCACCUAGAAUAUGCCAUGGAAAAUAGUACCCACACAGUAAUGGAAUUUACAAGAGAACUGUAUACGUGUGACAUAAAUGACAAGCAUAUAACGGAUAGCACUGUGAGAGUGAUUUGGGCUUACCACCAUGAGGAUGCAGGUGAAGCUGGUCCCAAGUACCAUGACUCCAAUCGUGGGACCAAGAGUCUUCGGUUACUGAAUCCCGAGAAGAACAAUGUGCUGCCUAUGGCCUUACCAUACUUUGAGCUGGUAAAUCAAGACGUCCCCAUCCCAAACAAGGGUACAACAUAUUGGUGUCAAAUGUUUAAGAUUCCUGGGUUCCAAGAAAAGCAACAAGUAAUAAAGGUUGAGCCGGUGAUACAGAGAGGCCAUGAGAGUCUGGUUCAUCACAUCCUGCUCUACCAGUGCAGCAGCAACUUUAACGACAGUGUCCUGGACCAUGGCCAUGAGUGCUACCACCCCAACAUGCCUGAUGCCUUCCUCACCUGCGAGACCGUUAUCUUUGCCUGGGCCAUUGGUGGAGAGGGAUUUUCCUACCCACCUCACGCUGGCUUAUCCCUUGGUACUCCAUUAGAUCCUCGUUAUGUGCUCCUGGAGGUCCAUUAUGACAACCCAACAUAUAAAGAAGGAUUAAUAGACAAUUCGGGACUGAAGUUAUUUCAUACAACUGAUAUAAGGAAAUAUGAUGCUGGGGUGAUCGAGGCUGGCCUCUGGGUAAGCCUUUUCCACACCAUCCCUCCAGGGAUGCCCGAGUUCCGGUCUGAGGGUCACUGCACACAGGAAUGCUUAGAAGAGGCUCUGGAAGCUGAAAAGCCCACUGGAAUCCAUGUGUUUGCUGUUCUCCUCCACGCUCACCUGGCUGGCAGAGGAAUCAGGUUGCGUCAUUUGCGGAAAGGGGAGGAGAUGAAAUUACUUGCAUAUGAUGAUGAUUUUGACUUCAAUUUCCAAGAGUUUCAAUAUCUAAAGGAAGAGCGAACCAUCUUACCAGGAGAUAACCUGAUUACUGAGUGCCGCUAUAACACAAAGGACAGAGCUCGGAUGACUUGGGGAGGACUAAGCACCAGGAAUGAAAUGUGCCUCUCCUACCUUCUUUAUUACCCAAGAAUUAAUCUUACUCGAUGUGCAAGUAUUCCAGACAUAAUGGAACAGCUUCAGUUUAUUGGUGUUAAGGAAAUCUACAGGCCAGUUACGACCUGGCCUUUCAUUAUCAAAAGCCCCAAGCAGUAUAAAAACCUUUCUUUCAUGGAUGCAAUGAACAAGUUUAAAUGGACUAAAAAGGAAGGCCUCUCCUUCAAUAAGCUGGUCCUUGGCCUGCCGGUGAACGUGAGGUGUUCCAAGACGGACAAUGCCGAGUGGUCGAUUCAAGGGAUGACGGCGUUACCCCCAGAGACAACCAGGCCCUACAAAGCGGAGCCUUUGGUGUGUGGCACUCCGGCGUCCUCUUCUCUGCGUGGAUGUGUCUCUGUGGCAACACUCAUGUGCUCUCUGGUGCUCAGUGGCAUGUUGAGCAGCAGCCGUGUGUGGUCAUAACCUGGCGAUACUUGGUGACGCUGUUUCCUGUGAUCUGAAGCUCUGAUUGCAAGUGCAGGCUACACGCUGUGGGCAUGCAGAGUGGGGAGACUUGCCUUUCACACUUCUCUGUCCCCCUCCUGUUCACCCCAGAGGUAUUGAUCAGGCCUUCUUCUUCCCUUCACAAAUAUUUGCUGUAAUGUACAGAUGGUCCAACUAAGCCCAAAAUGUCCUGGCGAAGCAUAUCUUUCUUUAAAAGACCAAACAACCAAGUGGAUUGGAAAUGAAAAAAACAUCUUUAAUUCCUUUUACAUUCCCUUCUAAUUCAAUGGAUUUAUUUCCCUUGCUUGAUGAGCAGUAUGAUUUCCAUGCUGUUUUGCAUGUUUCCAAGAGGAACCUGGAAAACAGUAGCAUGUUUGGUCAAAUAGACCCUCAAAGAAAUAGAUUGGCACAGUGGUUGUAGCAAUGGACUCAAACAUAGGAAUGGAUGUGCAGAUGGCUCAGGACGUGGCAGUGUUUCCUUCUGUUGCAUCGACAGAGCCUCCUCUGUGGCACCUACCAACAACCCAUUUGUCCUUGUCUUCACCACAGGCUUUGACAAUGGACCUUACCUUCUUUUUAAUCUUAUAACUCUUCAAGUAUUAACUUCUGAAGACAUUCUCACUAUUCAUCUGUUCAGUUGUCACCAAGUCUAUUUCAAAGUAUAAUCACCCCAUAUGACCCAUGAGAACCACCCAUCGGCUUCUCAUAGCUGCAGUCUCUGUGGAAGCAGCGCAUCAGGCGUUUCUCCUGCAGAAGUGCCCGCAUUCCAACCACCACCCUCUCUCAUAGCGCUUAGCCAGGGCCCCACGUUCUAGUCUUUUAAAACGCUCACAGUUUCGACAUUGCUGUUAGGUUUGGGUGCUAUAUUCCUUUUAACAAAUGCUUUGAUCCUAAAAACAGAAGAGGAAGUGCCCCACAUUCCCGUUUUCCUCCUGUUUAUUGGGCUUCGAGUGUGAUUUCCAUCGAACGAGUCCUUCAUGAGCACUAUCCCUUUGUCCUUUGCUGUAAAUCACCCGCAGACCCCUUGACCGCAGUGCUUUCUUACUGAUGCCCAGUCUGGGCUCCUCAGUACCCGUACCCGUCUCAAAGGACUGCUCUCUUCUCUCCUGGCUCACUACUUGUCAGGUGAAUUUUGUUUCUUGAGCCUCGCCCCGACGUCCACAGCAAGAGGCUCUGGUAUGUGGCUGACUGCACACUUUGCCGUGGAAAGUGCUUGAUGGGCUCCAUGUCGAAGGCCAGGCUGUGGGGCAAUACAGGGAAGGGUCAGCUCUGUGGCGUUUCCCUCACUAACAUGGGUGUCCCUUUUCUUUGGGAGGGCUACACCUGGGCUCAAUCGGAGUCCUGGUUGUCCCUGUAGGUUUAUUUUUCUAUUAGUCAAUAAACUAACUUUUCCUAAUAAAGUUGCCACCAUUUAACAAUCGUGUCCCUUUCUUUGUUCUCUUUCUGUAGUUCAGCCAAACUUUGUUUUGUGUCCUCCCCUUACUUUUCAAGCUGAAUGUGUCUGAAUCACAUUAAUAAGUGGUGUGAAGUGAUGUUUCUCUGUGGGAUCUUAUACAUGCAAUGGAACAAGCACAUGGUUCAGGUUAUGAUAUUGCCAGGGACACCAAUUCAAUGUGUUACAUUUUCUGUCCUGUGUUUAAGCUCCCAUUCCCCUGUGAACAAUAUCUUCACCCAGACCAGUUCAUCUCUUCAAUAAAUAUUAUGUUUGCAGUA